CUGUUGCUGUUGCUGCUGCUGUUGCUGCUGCUGCUGCUGCUGCUGGGGAUGAUGUCAGGCCAGAGUAUCACGGACCGUAUCGCCGCCGCUCAGCACAGUGUCACCGGCUCUGCCGUCUCCAAAACCGUCUGUAAAGCCACAACACACGAGAUCAUGGGCCCCAAGAAGAAACACCUGGACUAUCUGAUUCAGUGUACGAAUGAAAUGAAUGUAAACAUACCUCAGCUGGCGGAUAGCCUUUUUGAAAGAACUGCGAACAGCAGCAGCUGGGUGGUGGUAUUUAAGUCUCUCAUCACAACACAUCAAAUGAUGGUCUAUGGAAAUGAGCGGUUUAUCCAGUACCUAGCUUCAAGAAACACCUUGUUCAACCUGAACAAUUUUUUAGAUAAAAGUGGAUUGCAGGGAUAUGACAUGUCUACUUUCAUCCGACGCUAUAGUAGAUACCUGAAUGAAAAGGCGGUUUCCUACAGGCAGGUUGCUUUUGACUUCACAAAGGUGAAACGCGGGGCUGAUGGUGUGAUGAGGACAAUGAACACAGAUAAAUUGUUGAAGACUAUGCCCCUUAUACAGAAUCAGAUGGAUGCAUUACUGGACUUCAAUGUCAGUGCCAAUGAGCUCACAAAUGGUGUGAUCAAUGCAGCUUUCAUGCUACUCUUCAAAGAUGCCAUAAGACUUUUUGCAGCAUAUAACGAAGGGAUCAUUAACUUGUUAGAGAAAUACUUUGAUAUGAAGAAAAAUCAGUGCAAAGAGGCUUUAGAUAUAUACAAGAAGUUCCUUACUCGAAUGACGAGGAUCUCGGAAUUCCUUAAAGUUGCCGAACAAGUUGGAAUUGACAGGGGCGACAUACCAGAUCUUUCUCAGGCACCAAGUAGCCUCCUUGAUGCACUAGAACAACAUCUAGCUUCAUUGGAAGGAAAGAAAGUUAAAGACUCUUCAACAGCUGCUAGCAGGGCUAGCACCCUUUCAAAUGCAGUCUCAUCACUUUCUAACACUGGCAUGUCACUUAGCAGAGUAGAUGAAAGGGAAAAACAAGCUGCAUUGGAGGAAGAGCAGGCCCGAUUGAAAGCGCUCAAGGAGCAGCGUUUGAGGGAACUUGCAAAGAAAUCCUAUCCAUCUUCUGGAACUACAGCGGCAUCUCCCAGUUCUACUUCAGGUGGAAGUAUCAACACAACCGCAGCCAUAGAUCUCUUCUCUACCCCAAGUUCUUCCAACAGUACAUCCAAACUGCCAAAUGAUUUGCUUGAUCUACAGCCAACGUUUCAACCAUCCAUGCAUUCUGUUUCAGCCCCACCCCUGGCAGCUAAUACGUGGGGAGAUCCUUUCUCCUCUUCUGAUGCUGCUGAGGAAACCAUUCCAAGCUUAAAUCCUUUUCUUGUGAAAGCUGAUGAAGUUCUAAACACCACUGUCGCCUUCUCAGAUGGUGUGAUCUAUACUUCUAGGACGCAUAGCCAUGAAAUGUUUGAUCAUUUCAAUCCUUUUUCUGAGCCAAGUUAUUCUGUGGCCACAAAAUUUGAAUACACUCCUCGGAUAGACCAUUUGGUCUCUGAUUCCUUCUGUGGUCCUCCAGCCUAUUCUAUUGCUUCCCAGUUUAGAACAGAGUCCCCUGCUGUAGCUGGUCUAUUUGCAGGGUUCACUCCUUCACCAGCUACUCAGGCACUAUCUUCAACAAGCCUUAAUGUUGAUUUUGAAUCUGUAUUUGGGGCUAAAUCAACUUCCACAGCCAAUAGCGUAAUGGAUCCUGGUGACUUUGAUGGAUUAGGUGGACUGCUGAAACCAACUGUAGCUUUGCAGAGCCAGGCUCAUCAAACGUCAAAGCCACAGCCAAACAAGCUAGUAGGAGAGGAUCUGGAUUCAUCGUUGGCUAAUCUCGUCGGCAAUUUGGGAAUUGGAAAUGGAUCUGCUAAGAAUAAUCUUCAUUGGAGCCAGCCUGGGGAAAAGAAACUAACUGGUGGAAACAAUUGGCAACCAAAAGUUGCUCCAACUACAACUUGGAAUCCUGCUACACUGGCACCUCCCAUUAUGGCCUUCCCAGCAACAACGCCAACAGCAGUGAUGGGAUAUGGCAUGCCGCCUCCAAUGGGAACUAUGCCUCUGAUGACGCAACCAACAAUGAUGUAUACCCAGCCAGUGAUGAGACCAUCUAACCCCUUCAGCUCCCUACCUGGUGCCCAGUUAUCUACAGCUUCGAGUCCUUCUAGUCAAAGUCCUCCUAGAGCUCCUGGAAAGGAUCCGUUUGCAGAGCUCUCUCUCAAGGACUUCUUGUAGAACAGACAAGAUGCAAUUUAUGUAGUGGUAUCAAAUGGAUAGAUUCUGAGAAGAUGAGUGCUAAGCAGCAAAUUUUUAUUCUUCAUGCAAAAUACUCGCUGUUGUGAAACUAUCUUCCACAAGGAUGACCUACAGUAUGGAUGUAAAACAAGAUGGCAGAAUGUUCAAGAUGGAACAUUUAUUGGAAAGCAAAAUGUUGAUGGACAAACUUCAGCAGAAGAGAGAAAGGCUUUUGAUGGAGUGAUGACUGAUUCAAGCAGGAUUUUAAUUGGUGCAACCAAUUAUGCUCUGCAGUAAAACAACAUUUUGUUCCCAUUUUGAGUAACCUCUUAAUUUAGAAAUGGUGGCUUGAAGAAGUAGCAUCUACGAUUAUAUGAAACUGCUGGACUGUAAAUUCAGGAAUUGGUGAGGUAUUCUUUGAAAAGCAGCAGUCAAUUAUGUAAACUUCUGUUCUCCAACAAUUUUUUUCACAAUCAUGCUAUAAUUAUUAAUUCAUUAUUUUUCACUUUAUUCAAGUUUUACAGUAGACAUUCCUUGUGUACUAUAUUUAUUUAUGACUGUCCGAUUAAGUAACAAUAUUGCAUCAGAUGCUUCCUGUGAGGAUUAAUAUAGAUGUGCAUGAUUCAUCAAUCGGAUGAAAACAUGAGUGAAUGAAAAAUGCAGUUAAUUGAAAGGUGAAGCACUAAUUAUUCUACAAAUCAGUUUACUUAUUCCUAGUACAAUUAUUUGUAGGCAGAACCAAAAUCUUGCGUUUAUAUGGGAUUUAGAAUGAAUAAUGUAUUAAUCAAUGUAGUUAAUUCUGUGCCUAUGAGUUUGCGAGGGAACAGUUAUUGACAUGCAAAGCACGGCAUUUGUAUUUUGACAUUAGCGUAAAUGGGAAGGCCGUUUUUAUUGCUCCAUGCUCAGUGUAUCAUUAUUUUACAUUCAAGUUUGAUGCUGCCUUUCCUAGGAUGUAAGGAAUUGCCUUCAGUUCAUAAAGAUCCUCUACCUCCAUUGGACUCCAAAUCACUUGGAGAUCUCAGAACACGAGAAAAAAAUGUUUAAAUGUUCACACACGGUAUCUUCAUUGGUUCUAAGAAGAUUUGUUUACACAUAGUUGGAUAUGAGGGAAUAGUAUCUGCGUAGAUUUUUAAAACAAAAGUAAAUCAAGUUGAAAAGUAACACAGUAAAGCACUGUUGAUCGGUGCUUCAUUGUAUAUAACAUAAUCUCUGUCCUCAUCAGUGGUGUGAAGGAUAGUUUGAGCUUAAGGCAAUUCAGUACAUGAACUUAGCAAAAUUUUGCUGCAUUGUCUUUGCAGAAUAUAUUUUGUUUAAAAGAAAAAUGUAUGUAGGAGAAAAUUGGUGGAUUUUCAAAUAAAGAGCAGCUUUCACCGAAAUUUUGUUACCAGCUAGGUCCAAGUUACAUCAUCUUGAUUACAAAAGAUCCUGUGCAUGGAUAUAACUCUGCAUUAUUUAAUAAAAUAAUUAAGCUGU